AUGCACCGUUCUUCGACGUCUGGCCAGCCUGGCCAUCCCUCACUUCGUCUUUCUACUGCUGGUCCGACAUCUAUCAAGCCCCGCCAGUUUGCGCAUCUCCAGUCGCAGCUCGCACAACUCCAAGCACACCUCUCCGACCUCGAGAACCAUGUGCGCGUAACUGCCAUCCAGGCCGAAGCUAUCAGAAGAUUGGGUGGUUUACAGGGCGGAUUGUUCAUGGCAGCCAGUCGCGUUCUUGGCGAGGAGAGUGCGAGGGAACCAACCGAGGACCCCCUUUGA